GGAAGCGGACGUGCCGCGUGCGUCCGGCCGAGGCUGCGGCGCCCAUUGCAGCGCGGCCCGUCCCCGCUGUGCUGCCCGGCUAUGGCUGUCCGCGCCAGCUUCGAGAACAACAACGAGCUGGGCUGCUUCGCCAAGCUCACCAACGCCUACUGCUUGGUGGCCAUCGGCGGCUCCGAGAACUUCUACAGCGUCUUCGAGGGGGAGCUCUUCGGGACCAUCCCGGUGGUGCACGCCUCCAUCGCCGGCUGCCGCAUCAUCGGCAGGAUGUGUGUGGGAAACAGGCACGGACUGUUGGUGCCAAGCAGUACGACAGACCAAGAGCUUCAACAUAUCCGCAAUAGUCUUCCAGAUUCUGUGCGAAUUCAGCGAGUAGAAGAGCGGCUCUCAGCGCUGGGCAAUGUCACUACCUGCAAUGAUUAUGUAGCUCUUGUACAUCCAGAUCUUGACAGGGAGACAGAAGAGAUUUUGGCAGACGUACUGAAGGUUGAAGUUUUCAGACAAACAGUGGCAGAUCAGGUGCUAGUAGGAAGUUACUGUGUUUUUAGUAACCAAGGAGGAAUUGUGCACCCUAAAACCUCAGUUGAUGAUCAGGAUGAACUGUCUUCAUUGCUCCAGGUCCCACUUGUGGCUGGAACAGUGAACCGUGGCAGCGAGGUCAUUGCAGCAGGAAUGGUUGUAAAUGACUGGUGUGCCUUCUGCGGGCUGGACACAACCAGCACUGAGCUCUCUGUCAUCGAGAGUAUCUUCAGGCUGAAUGAAGCUCAGCCAAGUACCAUUGCUACCAACAUGAGAGAUUCCUUGAUUGACAGCUUGACAUGAGCAGUGUUGGUUCCUGCAAUCCAGAAAGCUCCUAAGGAGUGAAGUGUCCUUUGGAAAGCUGCACUUUGGAUUACAGACAUCUAGACCUUCUGGUAUUGUUUCUGCAGGCGUAGCCCAAGGAAGAGGCUACAAAACCAACUUUUUGUAGUGUUUUGUAAACUAAGUAUUAUUGCAAAAACUGAUAAAUAACGUACAUAAAUUACAAAUAAGGAAUGCUCUCUAUCCCUUUGCUGACACUUUCCAGUUCUUCAGCUGUGCUUUCUCGUUUUGUGAUGCUGACUGAGCCCCUCAGAUAAGCCCACAAUAUUUACUCCUGUAUAUAAUACUCUUGAGUAUUGAUCACUAGAGAUUAUUUUGCCUUAAAUAAUGCAUUGGUGUCUGCUGCACAGCAGUCUGUUUCAGCACAUACAUGUCACUGAUCUCUUUUCCUGCUCUUGCUAAAGAGCGAUGUUUCUCAUGUUGGUAGACUUAAGAGCCUCUUGUCUGUCCAAUACCAAAACCAUAGUAGUUUACUUGCAACAAAAUAAUUCAGAAGCCAUCACCUGCUCUCUUGCCCUGACUGGCAGCUGUUCCCACAGGGCCAAUGAUUUUGAGUGAUCAGCCCUGAUUAAACCUGGAGUUUCUCAAAGCUGGUCCAGGAGCUUCUAACAGCAAAAAUGUGUGACUGUCUGUGGAACAGACAUUUGGUCUGUUGCCUGCAGAUGCCUGGUGCCAUGUGUGCUGCUUCGGAGGCACCCGCAAGAGAGCACCCUGCAUGCUCUUGCCAGUGGGCUUUCAUCUGUUCUAUAGGAGUUAGCCACCUACCCUGGGAAACUCUUAGCAAAUCGAAAAAGAUGUAAACCACCUCAUCUUGAGUUAUUUUGGAGACAUGUUAAGUCACACGGUUCUAACCAGUUACUCCAUUCAGUCAGAUGUUAUAGAUUUGGGAGCUUGCCAGUUAGGAGCUCUGCCCUUGCCAGGGAGUGAUGGUGGUGAAAAGGACCUAUAGGUACUGCUUUCAGGUAGAAGAGAGUCAUUUCAUUCUAAACAGAGCUGUUGCUCGCUGAUCUCUUACUUCACUUGCUUUACUUCCGCUUGCCUGUUAACGGUGUCCUGAAGGCACAGAAAUGUCUCCAUUUCCCAUCUUAAGGGUAUGUGGAAGCUCCUCGCUUGCUUCCAAAGAGCUGCAUUGCUCAGCUGGGUUCUCUUGAGGAAUGCUGUCCUGAAGGCAGUGUGGGCAGAGCUCUUUUUUGGCCCUGGUGCUUCAGGCUUUGCAGAAAAUUAAGUAAACUUCCUUUUUUGUUUUACUGCCUGGAUGUUUACGGAAGGUUUUGUAAGUUUUGGUUGAUUAUGGGUUGCUCCUUAAUAAAGAUUGCCACAGAAUCUUCUCUGAUCAUAGCAGUCCUGCCGUCUGGGCUGUCUGCAAUGGUAACCGAGCCAGGGGCUGCCAUUUCCAGGCUGCUUGCCUUCCCUCUGCCAUUCCGGGAAGCCUGUAAGCAGCUCAUAGCUCCUUGCUGCUACAGCUAACAAUUCUUGGUGUUUGUGGUGCCUUUGAUAGGGUGGACUGCCUUUCUAGACAAUGACUCCAGGUCUCCUCCUCUUGGCAUAUCUCAGGAUUGAGAGUGAGAAGCUGUUUUCCUUUGGCUGCCUUGCAGGGCUCUGUUCUCUGUUCUUGUUCUAUAAAUGGCAAACGGUCUGACUUCUGCUAUUGGUGUUAGCAUGUCAUCAAGCGUGGAAUGGGUAAGGCUGAAGUUUUUCCCUGCAACUUCUGUAACUCGUUUUUCACUCCAGUUGAUGGGCAGGAAUCCUGGUUUGUGUUGGUGAUCUUGAUGUGUGUUAUGUGGUAAAUAGUGCUUAGAGGUAAACAAGAAAAAUAAUCCACACUCUGUGUAAUCCAGAUUUUUAAGUAAGAAAGAUACUGGUACAGUGUUGGGGUUGUGGUAUGACGAAGAGGGUUGGACACAGAGAGAAGAGGGCAUUGCUAACUGGUGCGUGACCUUUUACAAAAGUCGCAUUGAAGCUUGGGAACUGAAAGGUGGCAAAGAUGAUAGUCAUUCUAAACAGGGGUUUGUGGGAAUUUUGAACUAGUAAGAGGGACCUAUGUACAAGGAAAACAGAAACUGUAAUAAAGAAUUAGUAGAAACAUGGAUACAUGAUAUCAUGAGAGAGUAUAAACUUGGUGUUUUAAUGGUGUCAUGUCUUACAAGUCCACAGGGGUGUGGAGAAGGUCUGUUGUAACACUGUUUGUAUGUGUGAAAGGCAUUUGGCAGGUUUUUGUGCCAAAGGCUUUUAAGGACUGUGGGUUGAGUGAUCCCAUGGAAUGAGAGGGAAGCCCUUUACAUGCUUGAGGAUGGGGGAACAAGAGUAAAAGGUUAAAUUUUACAGGAGUUUCACAGGGAGCAAUGCUGGGAGCCACGACGUUCAGUGUUCUUGUGUUCUGUUUUGGAAAGGCGGUGGAUUCGUGCAGGGAAGUUUGUCUGUACUAACUUAUUCCGACUAGUAAGGAUGAGGACAGACUGAUGGGUCGAUAGAACGGUAAUUUCAGUCUGGCUGAAUGUGAAAUGAAGCAUUCAUUGACUGACCCUUUUGAUGGGCUUUUCUCAAAGGCAGCGAUCUGCAGUGGCGAUGCCAAAAGGAGGUGUUGAGGAACAGUCAGUAAAAUCAAGCUGUAUGUCCCCAGUGCUGGGUAUCACUCCUGCGGGUUCUGGGGAUUCUUAAAAAUGGAAUUGCUGACCUGUGUGGCCGUGGGUUACGCCCAUGGCUAUAGACCGCCUUUGCUGUUGGGCAGUGGGAGGUAACGUGUGAAUUCAGGUGUUACGAAGGGUUGCAGGAAUGAUGUGAGGAACUGUAGCUGAUUCCAGCUGUGCUGGACACGGAAGUCUGAUACUGUGAGAAAGGUUUGAGCCUUGUGAGGAACCUGGCAGGAUGGAGAAGAGUUGUCCUGAGGUUUUGAGGGAGGAAUGAACGUCUUGCAACUGCAGGUUCAGUGGAGAAGUCAUAGCGUGUGUAGCUUUGGCUGCCAUCGUGGGCUUUAAUGUCCAAAACCUUUUGUCAGGAUCCUGCACAGAGGUUUUUAAAAACCCGAGUCCUCGUGAAUGGGAGAUGGGAGAUCCCCCUGAGGUUUGAUGACUAAUUGUGAGUUAGGAACAACUAAUCCCUCCUACAGUGGAGGACCACCUCUGUUCUGACUGUAGCGAUUGUGUGUCCCAGCACAUUCCUAAUGUACCUGGAAAAAUGAGCAUGCUUUACUGGUGAUGAAAUCAUUCAAAGUAGUCAGAAACUGGAGGGGGGGAAAAAAGGCUGUUGAGUGCAGUGUGGUAGGCAGCUUGCCUGGGGGCUGCUGCGGCUCUGCUGGAGGUAAAGGUGCGCCAGGACUCCCCUGGCUGCAGGGUGGGAUGUAUGCCCAGGAGCGCACCUGGAAGAGCCUUUUGGUGGUGGGGUUAGAGCUGAGUGAGCAGUGCGGUCCCUGCUCCCCCGGUCCCUGCUCCCCAUGGGGGCAAUAUGGCCUGGUGCUGCAUUUCUGGACAGGAAUGGGAACGCAACCGCCUGGCCCUGGGGUGCUCCAGCGAGCUGAUGCUCUGCUGGUCACGUGCUGGUUUUAGCGUAAUACCAAAUCCCAGCAAAGAGCUUGGGUGUGGGAAUACGAAGGAGUUAUCCCUUACGUGAAUACUGAUGCCUGUGCCAGACUCAGGUCACCCCAGGACUGCGCAGGUGCUGAUCUUUAUCAGAGAGAUGGCAGCAGCGUGAGUGCAGCUGUACUGGGGGAAGUGGGUCAACUGGGCGCCUUCCUGCCCCCGAGUCAGCACUUGUGACUGCAGAACGCUGCUUCUUGGCCCCUUAAACACCUACACAAAUAGCUCAUGGUGCUGGAAGGCUCAAAUACCUAGCAUCUGCACUGGGAGCUGGUCAUGAAGCAGCUAGAAAAGGCACCCAGGUGUUCCUCUGGUUCUUUGAAGCAGCAGUUCUCUGCGGAAGGCUGACUUUAGGCAGCAGGGGCAGGCGGUGUGCCCUGGGGCAGCAGGUGCCUGGCCCCGCAAAUGGCUCAGCUUGCUGCGGGCACAGGCAGCUUCUUACUCAGGACAGGGUUUUGAACAGAGCAAAAAUCUACCUUUGGGCAGGAGGAAAAAAUAGAAACAAAACCAGACAUUUCUGUAGGUUGUAAAUUUUUAAUUUUUUUUAAUGAUGGCUGUUGGAAGUUGCUCAAAGGUUUGGGCUGUCACAGUCCCAGAAGAGAUGGCAGCGUACAAUGAGUUCGAUGUGCCAUGUGGCUGUGGCGUUUGUAGUCUGCAUUCUACCACAUAUAUAGUACACAUAGCAAUGUACGGAGUAGCAUGUGGAGGGGUGUGUGUCUAAUUAGUAGCUCCGAUUUCAUUUGGUCCUUUGCACUCCUUCACCCAUCAUGAGAUGUUAUCAUGUAUUCUUCACUAAAAUUCAAAGUUUUGCAUCUACUAGCUUCUCACUUAUUUUGUAAUAUGUGUGUAAUAUCUUUAUGUUUAAACACAAACAGCUUGGCUAUGGAAAUCAAUUAUGGAGGACAAAAUACAGUUGGGGACCACGUGUUAUGCAGUGCUAGUGGGCUUUGCUAGAAAUGUCUAUUUGUCUAUCCGGCUUCACAUAGCAAUAUUGGAGCACUAUUUAGAAAUCCAGAGUGCUAACAAGCUUUCUGCUUCUUUGUUCCUCAUCAUUGUAAUUAGGAAUAUUUUUAGCAUGUUUUUCAUCCUUGGGGUUUUUUUUCAUAGCUGACAUUAUAAAGCUGUACUUUUUCUAUACUAACUGGACAUUCUGUGAAUUGCACUUCCAUUGCACUGAAUAAAAUUCAGUUAUAGGCA